UACUACCUUUAUCACCAAAGUACAGCAAGAUCAUAAGAUCCAAAGAUACCAUCUCCAGUUGGAACAUAACAGAUAUGAUAUCAGUCAGAUUAAAGUUGUAUGAAAUACUAGACACGGAGGACAAGCUUGUUCUUCUUCUAUCCAGUCCCAAACAAUCACAUGCUCGCUUACCCACCUUUGUGUCGGACACUAGCCCGUUUAUGAUACCUGAAUUUGGUACAUGUCCCUUUUUUGCAGAAGAGCUCAAUUUUGACCUUAAUGAUCGUUCCGCCGUCCACCUCGAAUCCAACCGUCUGAAUAGUAACAGUGGGGAUUAUCAAGGUCCGUCUCUUCUCUUACGGCCGAAAAAGUACUACAUACAUGAACCCAUUGAUUUGUUAUUACAGGAUAUGGACGAAGUAAAUGAAUACAGCAGAGCGAUCAAGAAGCUUGGCUUUGAAAGUGUUGAUGAGAGUGUCAGGUUUGUUACAAUCUCAUUACAUUGUACUGAUGAUGAUAGCGAUAUCAUUUUACGUCGGGUUAACCGCGAUGGUGAUAUCCUUGAAUAUGAGCGCAAUGCCACCUUGAUUCGACUUCUUGGCAACAUGGAUAAAAACAUUUGGAUAUUAUGUUACUUUAAUGGAAAUGACAAAAGAUUAUCCCGGAGCUCCCACUACCAUAAAGAUUAUGCCUUUCGCGUUUAUUAGAUCAACAAAAACUAUACUUUGUUGUAUUAUCAUAUGGAUAGGAUAGCAAAAAAUAUGAUGAUGGUGAUGGUAGUUUUCUAAAUAUAAUCAAUAGAUAGCUUUAGUAAACCAAGUUAAAGUAGUAUCUUUGUUUAGCUUCUCUAUUUGGGCAAUACAGUGCUCGACUAUUUUAAGGAAAUAAUUUUUCCCCGACUCCCUUUUUUCCUUUUUCUUCCUCUUUCUUCCACUUUUUUUUCAUUUUUUUUUUUUUUUU